AACUAAAUUGCAAUACGGCCAUUGUAUGCUAGAAAUAUUUUUGUUUGAACCCUAGGAAUAUAUUCUGGCUGCAUGGGGUUAUUUAAGUAGUAUUUAAAUGGGGUUAUUUAAGUAAUCGAAAAUCAUAAACAGUGAUCGUGAGGCCCUUGCACUUGAACUUGAAAAGGCAAAUAAAAAUGUUACCAGGAGAGCAAAUGUUGACCAAAGUUUUAUCUUUAGGACAAUCUAGUUAAGAAAGAUGUUUUCCAAGAAUGUGAUCUUCGUAACUGCGUUACUGCGAUGCUGCACCGCAGAGCGGAAUUUCCUGUCGUCCUCGUUACGACAAAGGACAAAACAACCGGUUGUGGGGCCUUUGCGGUCUGAUGGCACCGUUGUUUUCGAAAACGCCGAUGGCGAGGAAGUCCGCGUAGACGUCGAAGUGCCACAGGAUUUUGGUAAGAUGUUAUAAAAUGAGUUUUCAUUUACGAUAGAUUUGAUCCUUCAGUAGGCUUUUUUUCGCUUUUUUCCUACUAUUCUUUUUGAUUUUCCGUUAUACUUCUGUCGUGCAAGAAGUAUCACAAAUCAAACGAGUCAACGAACUGUAAACUUCUGCGUACCCAAACACAUAGCUCCUUUACCUCAAGAAUAGGCACGUCAGUCAAUCCAUCAAUCCUACCACCGUCAACGCGAUCAGCGCAUUUCAUGCAAGGGCUUAUGUGGAGAAACUCCAUACCUGAGGAAAGCGGGAUGAUGUUCACGUGGGCCCAGCUAUGGCCAUUUUUUAACUUUGUCCACCUAUCUGAGCUAUAUCUCUUCUAUAUCCGGUAGUAGUUAGAAGUAGAAGUUGACGCUGCAUUACUAAACAGUCUGGUCCGUCGUCGUCGUCGUGGCGAAAAAAAUGCAGGGAACAAAUACGAUGAACUACACUUUCAGACGACCUCUAAUUCAGGAUGCAAUGCAGGGACGUAGUUUCUGGAUGAAGAAUACGGAAAUCGAUUUGGACCUAAUAUGGUGUGACAAACACGGCAGCGUGGUAGACGUGAAAACCGCGAGAUCCGAAGACUUGACAGGUAUUAUAUGGACUUGACUCUUCUCUUUCUUUGUGGACUAUAUUGAGAUCUUGACUUGGACAGGUAUUAUAUGGACUAUAUUGAGAUCUUGACUUUUCUCUUUCUUUCCUUUCUCCACCUCCUAACUCAGGUUUUUACGACCGUUGCUUUUAUCAUAUGAGAAUUUUUGGAGAGAACAAAUUUAUUUGAUGUGGCUGAUACAGAUAUUUUUGCUGGUUACAAGUACAACACACUCGCAAAAGUACUGACAUCGCGUUGGUGUAACGACUGGCACGACGAACAACAAGAUUUUGAUUUACACCAAUGUCAAUAUUAAGGUGUCGGUCCAUCAGGCGGCGCAACCUCUGUCGUGAUUGAGACGCCAGCAGGAUGGGCAGCGAAGCAUCACAUUUAUGAGUCUAGAAAUCAGCUUAGUACGCCAGAGAGAAAGAUUCGAACAGCAAGGUGGAAACUUAGCUAUACUUAACUCAAACCUCCACAAUCAAAUGAACAUCAUCUCUACAUCAAGCAACCUCUCGUAGUUUAAUAGGUACAAGAAUCAGUUGUACAAUCUUCUUCUCCAUCGUCAUUUCUCUAAGACAUCACUAGUGGCGGAAAGAGUCGGUGCGCAUCGUUGCCGAGUCCAGCUUUUGUCGCUCAGGACCUCCCACUAUUCGGAGCAUCCCAGAGCGAUUUUGCGGCAGCUAAAGGCGCGGGUGUGAUUGAUUGAGCACCGUGAUUCUAGAAGUCGUCUUCAGGGAAAUCUUAGAGAAAGCGCAGGUAGGUCACAUCAGAGACAACCUCUUGCAUAUGCAGAUACAUUUAAAACUUGUUUGAAGAUCAGUUUUCACAAGCUAUAAUAUAGUAGGCUGUGUGCAUAGGACCGAGCACUGUAACUCUCGCUUUUUUUUCCAAGUACUGUAGUAAGGUUUAUUUUCAAGAACAUCAAAUGAUCACGAACAACUAGGGUUUACAACUUUAACAUAACCUUUUUUCUCCUUUACACACUGGAAAGAACAAGGUAGGUAGCUGAUAUCUCAUAGGGGCAGCACGCAGCAGUCACUUUGUGGGCACUAGAUUGUGACGGAGUGCUCGAGCAGUAGUAGUAGGAUAAACUCCUUGGGGGAAGUACCUACCAAGAGAAAAAGGAGAACAUGACACCGUCACGAUCCAGAACGAGCAGAUCUUUCCUGUUCACGAACUACCGUGGAUGCACCGCCUCGUCGUCGUGCCUGCUUCAUUUAACCAGGCUGUUCUGCCUCCAACAUGAAGUUGAAGACGGGAGACGCAAGUAAAGACAUGCAUGAGGAAACAAGAACGCGGUGGAAACAAAAUUUUGUAGAAAGGGCUACGAUUUGUGAAAAUGCCUUGAAGUAGUCCUUUCGAUUGAUCUACAGAAGUGUAACUGCCUGAGUGGUGCGGUCGCAACGCAAUGUACCUUAGAUGUGGGGAAGUCCGACAGGUCUCAUGUAUAAGGAGCGAAUUUCAAUUUUCUUGUCGGAGAGGUCAGCUCACUCUUUCGGUGGAGUAUUCUACCUCGG